AUGGUCGAAACACUUUCAGCAAGAGCCCUCCGCGGCUCCCCAAUCUUACUUCUUCUUCCUUUGAUCAUAUGCGCUUUGGUGACUUUCAUAGGUCCCAUAGGAGAAAUUAUCAGGGUCUUUCGCGAAAAAGGUGCUUUCGCCCGCAAUGGCGUCUCAGUGCCAAUCUACACGUCGUUCUAUGGGAUCAAGGCCCUCGACGCUACGCUUGCCGAUAUAACGCUCGCCUUUGCCCAGUCACAGAUGCAUCCAGCCGAUCCAGCAUCAUACUGGCAAGGAAUGACCUUUGUCAACGAAUACGCCGGGCUCUACGCGAUUAUCCUACUCGAAGGUUGCAGGGAGUUCAUCGUCAACGCACUGCUUGCUCCCCUGUGGUUCUUCGCCUUCUCGCUCUACGCGUAUCUUGUCACCUCCUCACCUGCGAGGGCUGCCAUUUCGGCAUCAGAUGCAGCAACUGUACUCCCGACGCUGAUUCUGGCGUAUUACCCGGCCUCACUUGGGAUGUACUUUCACCGAGACUAUGAAGCGCGGCACUGGUGGAGCUGGGUGUGGCAGCUUUAUCCAAUUUGGGGGGCUGCCGUUUUCUCCAUCAGCGGCCGAUUUCUGAGGCCCAUCAUUAAGCUGCGGACAAAGCAUGUGCUCAGGACCGUGGUUGGGGCUGUUGCGCUCGUCAAUACGUCGUUGUGGUGGUAUACCAUCAGACAUGCUGAUGUCGGGCUAUUCAAGACUUUCGUGCCACAGUCUUUGCUUCAUCUACCCGAGGACCCUGCAUUACCACUAAGGGCAUUGUUUCAGUAUGACCAGAUCGGAUCUUUUGCUGCGGUAAGUAUCUGGCUUUUGGCAGCCAUUGGGGACAUGAGGACGCGUGGAAUGACUGGGGUUUCUUUUGUUGCUUUGCUUCUGGCUGGAGUCGGGCUGACUUUCGUGUUCGGUUGGGGCAACGCGAUACUACUGGGCUGGUUAUGGAGAGAGGAAUUGCUUGCUAUGCACGCGGAGAGCAUGAAGCCAGCGUCGAGAACCCAGUAA